CCCCUACUUUAUUGACAGAGCUCAAAUCUGAUGGGAAAAUCUGCAACACAUUUCCAUGCUGAAAAGGGCCACAGAAUUUGACUGACUCAUCCUGUAUUGUAAUAUUUAUUAUCUUGCUCUGUAUUUUUAUAUAAAACCAUGAAUGGGUUCAAAACACUGAUAAAGAUGCAAAUCUUCCCAUUAUAGUUUUUUUCUUGGUCAGUUUUACAAUACUGAUCAAAAUGUGUGAACCCAGUCUAACAGGCAGAAGUUCCGAUCAGGCACAUUCACAUGUGGUGUAUUUGUUUCUGCAAUUUUCUCUUCCAUCUGGAAGAGAACCGCAAUGAGAACUGAAUCAGGACAUGUGUAAACAGGCUCGGGAGCACGUACAAUGAUGUCACUCACCAUGUGUGCACCUGAGUACAGCAGAGGAACAGAUCCUACUGGUGGGGGAACAUACAGGAGACGACUAACUGGAUGCUCAGCCUCCGCCGGACCAUAUGCUGCAGGGAUAGACUGGAGAUUCACUAUGACAUGCUGCACCUUUAAAGACAACAGACUACCCUCCAUAGCCCAUGGAUGUUUUCAUCUUCGGCCUUGCACAGUGUGGCAUCGGGAUAUGUGCAUGGACACAUUAUGUCAUUCCAAAGAAAAACUGACCCUUGUGCAGGAUUUGGGCAUCUGUCUCUGCUGGGGGCAACGGCCCCUCUUGGAACAUUUUCUGAAAAGAAGAAUGAUUGUGCGCCUCCAGUCUCUGCCAGGCUCUUCGUUGGCUGCUGUCCUGUUUCUCUUGAUGGUGCUGUCCUGGAGGACCUGCGAAGCAGGAGACCUAAACUCAAUGCCAAACAGCACUCUUGAUGACAUCAUCACACUGAAACAUCUGGAUUUUAGCGCCAUGAAGCGGUCGACACGUGAGAUUGCAGGUGCCCCCCAAGUAGUGAGAGACAAUGGUCUGACAAAUGGCAGCCACCACUUGAACAUGCAAUGGAAAGGGAAGAUCUGGCCUUGUGAUGUACUACUCAAGCUGUCCCGACAUGUUUUAGUAUCUGCUUUAGGACCCAACAUAGCUUGGAGUAUUUUUCCUUAUGACAACUGUGACCAGGAUCUGAAGCCCACGGACACUCUUAUUAGCCCUUUGAAGCUCUUGCAAGUCAACGUAAAACCAAUGGUGCUCCACAGAGUGCUGAGAUUCUUAGGGGAUUUGGGAUUUCUAGUUGAGAUACAACAAAGUAAAGCAUUAUCUUUGCUGAAGAAGAGAAUGUACAAAUCAGGAAAACCAUUGAAGGAUCCCAGCAUGCAGUCCAUCGACAGGUGUCCUGAUAAGAAACCUUAUCUCAUCCCUUGGCACCCUGGCCACGAUGGACGAAGGUCAGCUGUUAUAGGACGUGGUGUUGCCCUAAGGCUUGAAUCCUCAGCCACCUUUCACUCAUUGUUAAUUCAGGAUGGAGGGUCUUUAGUAUUUGCAGACGACCAGAUACCAAUAACUAUAAGAACUCAGUAUAUCUUAAUUAGAAAUGGGGGGUCUCUACACAUUGGAUCAGCCCAAUGUCCCUAUACCUCUGAUGCAACCAUAUCUCUCUAUGGAAAGUCCACCGAGGGGGAUGACAUAGAUGACUUUGGAAAGAAAUUUAUUGGUGUAGAUAAAGGAGGAAUCUUGGAACUGCAUGGAAGAAGACCUUUAUCAUGGACACAGCUAGAUGCAACUCUGCAUUCUGGUGGCCUCCCUUAUGGAUCAUACAAAUGGGAGAAACACUGGGGAAGCCGAGGUAUCAAUAUAAGGAUUAUUGAUCCAGAAACUGGUCAGGUUGAAGCUGCUGACAGAUUUGAUACCCACAUGUUUCUGGAAGAAGGAAAGAGACUGGAAGAAUUUUUGUCCAAACAGAGUCCUGGUAAGGUGGUGGCUGCAGCAGUGGGAGACUCGGCUGCAAAGAGUUUAAGUCCAGAUGUGAGAAGAUACUUGAGAGAAUUUCUGAGCAGCAGAUACAUCUAUCAUCUAGGCUACAGACAGCCAUGGGCAUUGGUUGGUAUCCUGGGAGAAGGACCAUUAAAAGUAAAUGAGGACAGAAAACACUAUGAGAGCAAUGGGACAACUGGACUAGCAGUGGCAACAAGAGAAUUCCAGACUUACAGAGGAGUGCACUUUACAGUUACUGCCUACAGCGGGUGGAUUAAAGGAGUUCCGCGGAAUGGGUUCCGAGUGGCAGUGUCCAGGGGCAUCAUCCUGACGUUAGCGGAUGAUGUUACAAGUUGGUUGCCUGGUAACAGGAUAGUCAUUGCCAGCACUGAUUACUCAAUGCAUCAAGCCGAAGAAUUCAAUCUUCUUCACUGCCCCGAAUGUAGAAGCAAUCAGGUCAAAAUUGAUGGCUACCCACUGUAUCUGCAUGUUGGAGAAAUACUUGAUGGAAUUGACAUGAGAGCAGAGGUUGGACUUCUCACACGAAAUAUUGUUAUCAAGGGGGAAAUGGAAGCCUCCUGUUAUGGUCAUAACUAUUGCCAGUUCUUCAAUUAUGACACCUUUGGGGGCCAAAUUAAGAUACAAAGGCAUUUUACCUCAGUUCACCUGUCGGGGGUAGAGAUCACCAACAUGGGGCAGCAGAUAUUAGGAAGUUACCCAGUGCAUUUUCACAUGGCUGGAGCUGUGGAUGAAGAAGGUGGAUACAACCCCGCCACCUACAUUGAUAAUCUUGCCAUCCACCACUGCUUUUCCAGAUGUGUUGCUAUCCAUGGAACUCAUGGUCUUCUGAUAAGAGAUACAAUAGGCUAUGACACACUUGGCCACUGCUUCUUCCUGGAAGACGGGGUGGAGCAAAGGAACACCUUCUAUCAUAAUCUUGGACUGGUCACAAAGGCUGGCACUAUCCUGCCUACUGAUCGCAAUGAGGCCAUGUGUCUGGCAAUGCGAGAAAAUGUUCAUGGGGGUUAUAUCCCUGUGCCUAGUGCAGAGUGCAUGGCUGUCAGUACAUUUUGGAUCUCAAACCCUAAUAACAACUUGAUUGGGAACGCUGCAGGUGGAGCUCAGGAUGUUGGGAUAUGGUUCAUAUUUCAUCGAGUACCAUCUGGACUUUCAGAGGGCCAGUAUCCAGAAGGGCAUUCAGAAUUUACUCCUCUGGGGAUAUUCCUCAAUAACAGAGUACAUUCCAACUUUAAGGCUGGUUUAUUUAUUGGCAAAGGUGUAAAGACAACAGUGGCGAGUGCAGAAAACCCUAGGGAAUAUUUAACAGUAGACAAUGCUCGCUUCCGUCCUCACCAAGAUUCAGACCCAGCCAAGCCCCGAGUGCCCGCUCUUAUUGAUAGACUCAUAGCCUUCAAGAAUAAUGAUCAUGGUGCAUGGGCCAGGGGUGGUGAUAUCAUCUUCAGGAACUCAGGGUUUUCAGACAAUGGAAUUGGACUCACACUAGCCAGUGACGGAACAUUUCCAACUGAUGAAGGAUCAAGUCUGGAGAUCACAGAUUCCAUCUUUGUAGGUGAAAGUGACAAUGUAGGCUCACAUGGUGGACAGAACAGCUACUGGGGUCGUGGAGGGUCAGGUGAACUGAGGUCGCUGCCCCGGAACAAGACAUUCCCCAUUCGUGGAUUUCAGAUAUACGAUGGGCCAGUCCGACUUCUGCGAUGCACGUUCAAAAAAUUUGUCCCAACUGCAGAGCGACCUUCCAGUGCAAUUGGAUUUUCCUUAAAGAAUUCCUGGCAAAUCACCCCUCAGAAUAACAUUUCUCAGGUCAAGAUGGAGAGAAGCGUUGGCCGCAAAGUAUUCUUUGGUCGCCCGGGGCAGUGGUUUGGAUCCAAUGACUAUGAUGGGGACAAAGCUUCAAUUUUUCAUGACUUGGACGGCUCAAUCACCGGCUAUCCUGACACUUUUGUUGGACGAGCAAAUAACUACCUUUUGCGCCAUCCAGGAUGUCUUACUGUGCCACAAUGGAACGGGGUCAUAUGCACUGGCAGAUAUGCACAGCUCUAUAUCCAGGCCAGGCGCCCUGAGAACCUGACUAUAUUGGUAGCCAGGGCUGCUUAUCCUUCACAUCCAUUGAGACUGGUGGGUGUUAAUAAGGGAGCACCAUAUCAGCAGUACCAACCAGUGGUGAUGCUACAGCAGGCCUAUACCAUCCGAUGGGAGGGACAAUCACCGCGGGAAAUCAUAUUGUAUCCAAUCAACUUUAACAGAGGAGAUUGGCUGCAGAUUGCUUUGUGCUACCCAAAAAGUGCAGUAUUCCAAGUUACAGCAGAUAUCUAUGAUCGUAACACUGGACGCUUACACAGUGUACGCCAUUAUUCCAUGGCAUCCUCCAUUCAUCAAGCCCUGAAUGCAUCAGCAAAUAGACUGUAUCACUUCAGUAAGGAGUCUGGAUAUCUCUUCCUUCACCUUCAAGCUCAUGAGUCUCGAAUUGGGCACAGCUACUGUUCUCAGCAUGGCUGUGAGAGAAUUAAGAUCACUGCCCAUUUUCCACCAGAUCAUCACACAGAGUGCACACAUAAAAUAUUCCCCGACAGAGCCAACAAUAUUCGGUUUACCAAGUUACUUGUGUCCCAACGACUAGCCUUGCCUUGUAGGCAAUGUGGAGCCCCGCAGAUUGCGAUCACCAGCAGCCUAUCUGUUAAAUACACAAAGAUACAGGUGCAGUCUGUACGCCGAGAGGAUGUUUUAAAUGGAAUACAAACCGCCUUCAUCAAGGUUGAUGAGGAACUUUUCCUGUUUAAAAGGAGAGGUCUUUUCUUCUUGGUGCUCGAUGCCUGUUCAGGGACCGUUGUUAGCAAAAGACAGUUUGAAAUGAUCAAUGAUGUAUUCACAACAAAAGCAAUUUCAAGUUACAUUCAAGUAUCAAUGAAACAGAGAUCAGUGGUUCUCAUUUGCUCUAGAGAUAUUUUGGAUACUCCACCAGGUUCUGAAAUGUCUGUUUUUACCAAACUUGGAUCUGCAAAACCUAUAGUGCUUUAUGAAAAAGGUAGCUUUGCCAUGGUGGGAUAUAAAGGGCUAUCUACCCCAUCUUGGAUUAAAAUCAUUAAUAGCAGUCCGGAUAAAAGAGCGGCAUCCAUACAACUUUACUUGCCACUGAUGUUGACUGAAUACAGAUGUCCAACUCCAAAAACUUAGGGAUAAAAAGACUAUUGAGCUGGUGUCCUUCUUCAUCAUGAGUAUCUGUUCUUCUCACAACUCCAAUUCUUGUUAGUUCCUGAAAAUGUUCUGACCUAUAGAAGAGACAUUAUUAUGCCUUUUUUAUACUGUCAUGUGUUUAUAUUUUCCAGUAAAUAAAUGUUUUUCUUGAUAUAA